AUCCAGAGAGACAGCGGGAGAAGAAAUUUCUUUCUUUUUUUUAAAUCCAGAGCCCUUUCUGUAUGUGUGUAUCUCUGUGCGUCUGCGUGUAUGUGAGAUUCAAAGCCUUUUCCAGAGCUGGACAACCUGCAUCUCCCCACCCCCACUACUGGGUGAUUAAUACCCAUUUUCCUUGCGCUCCCUCCUCCUCUUCCCCUGUUUUCCGUACUGUUGACUUGCAAAGCUCCCCCCCCCCCAUAACCACCAAUUGGGAUCUGGGUUCUUUGCUUUUCCUCCUUCUCUCUCUCUCUCUUUCGUUUGCUCGCUUUUUGCCGGGUGUUUUUUGAUUCACCUUCCUUUGCUUUCUCCCCCUCCAGGAAAUCUUCUCUGGGAUUUUAUAUUGCAGAAGAAUUUGUUUUUUAAUUUGCUCUGAACAAUCUCUCCCCCCCCCCCACGCCUCCCACCUUGCCUGUGUCAAAGAAGAUCCUGAGUGAACCUGAAGAAGUUCAAAAUGCCUGAGAUGGAUGGUUAAUACUGCUUUGCAGGAAAAAAGGGGAAAUAGCCACCCCAGGGAAUUCAAAAUUGUUGCAACAGGAUUUGCUGGUGGGGAACGUUGUGGGAAUAAUCAUGCUUCACAGAAGAACAGCACCGAUCUCCAGUUGCUCUAAACACAACCUCAUCCGCUAGGGCUCCAGGAAAAAAAAUAAUUAUAAGAAUCGUACUUGUGAAAAAGCAAUGAUUGCUUUGGAUGUUGCGCUUUACCAUCCUCCGUGCACUCUCUGAAGUGAAUCUCUUCUCUUUGAAUUUGCACCGCUUCAAGACCCAAGAUUGACACACACGAUAUUUUUAUAGCCAAAUCGGAUUUUUUUUUAUCAUUUCUCCCAUUUGCUCCCCCGACCCCUAUUCUUCUUAUGUGGAUAUGCAAGCAAGAAGAGAAGUCUGGAUAGUCCCAACAUGCUCGCUCCUUUAAUCUGUCCGUCUAGAGGUUCUGCUUCUACAAACCAAGCACAGGUACAGCUUCCUUAACGUUGUUGUGUACUGCUGUGCCUCACCGUUUACGUGGAGAAAAAGAGAAUCAAGUCUUCAUGGUGUGUUCAGUCCUUGGUGUCUAUGCCAACUGGAAUAUGACUGUUUGCCUGUCAGGAACUGGAGGGAGACCAUCAGCUCACUUGACACAAGGGAGUGUAAGAGCUGAAGAUGAGGCCCAGGGCGGAGUGUUAUUCUCCAAAGUUUUGGCUGGUGCUGGCAGUCCUAGCGACGACGGGUGGUGCGGCCCGUGCCCAGAAGAGCCACCCCAGUAUCGGCGUUGCUGUCAUCCUGGUGGGGACCUCAGACGAAGUAGCCAUCAAGGACGCCCACGAGAAAGAUGACUUCCACCACCUCUCAGUGGUGCCCCGAGUGGAACUGGUGGCCAUGAAUGAGACAGAUCCCAAGAGCAUCAUCACCCGCAUCUGUGACCUCAUGUCAGACCGGAAGGUUCAAGGUGUGGUGUUUGCUGAUGACACAGACCAGGAAGCCAUUGCUCAGAUCCUGGACUUCAUUUCUGCCCAGACUCUCACGCCCAUCCUUGGCAUCCACGGAGGCUCCUCCAUGAUCAUGGCAGACAAGGAUGAGUCAUCCAUGUUCUUCCAGUUUGGCCCAUCGAUAGAACAGCAAGCCUCCGUCAUGCUGAACAUCAUGGAAGAAUAUGACUGGUACAUCUUCUCCAUUGUCACUACCUACUUCCCUGGCUACCAGGACUUCGUCAACAAGAUCCGCAGCACCAUCGAGAACAGCUUCGUGGGCUGGGAGCUGGAGGAGGUCCUCUUGCUGGACAUGUCCCUGGAUGAUGGAGACUCAAAGAUCCAGAACCAGCUGAAGAAGCUCCAGAGCCCUGUCAUACUCCUCUACUGCACUAAGGAAGAGGCCACCUACAUCUUUGAGGUGGCCAACUCUGUGGGGCUGACAGGCUAUGCUUACACAUGGAUCGUGCCCAGCCUGGUGGCAGGGGAUACAGACACAGUGCCAUCUGAGUUCCCCACUGGCCUCAUCUCUGUGUCGUACGAUGAGUGGGACUAUGGCCUUCCUGCCAGGGUGAGGGAUGGGAUAGCCAUAAUCACCACGGCUGCUUCUGACAUGCUGUCUGAGCACAGCUUCAUCCCUGAGCCCAAGAGCAGCUGUUACAACACCCAGGAGAAACGGAUCUACCAGUCCAACAUGCUGAACAGGUACCUGAUUAAUGUCACCUUUGAAGGGAGGAAUUUGUCCUUCAGUGAAGAUGGCUACCAGAUGCACCCCAAGCUGGUGAUCAUCCUUCUGACCAAGGAGAGGAAAUGGGAGAGGGUGGGGAAAUGGAAGGACAAGAGCCUCCAGAUGAAGUAUUAUGUGUGGCCCCGCUUUGAGCUGUACCCUGAUUCUGAGGAACGUGAGGAUGACCAUCUGAGUAUUGUGACCCUAGAGGAGGCGCCGUUCGUCAUUGUGGAGAGCGUGGACCCACUAAGUGGCACCUGCAUGAGGAAUACAGUCCCCUGCCAAAAACGCAUCGUGACCGAGAACAAGACGGAUGAGGAGCCUGAUUACGUCAAGAAAUGCUGCAAGGGAUUCUGCAUUGACAUCCUCAAGAAAAUCUCCAAGUCUGUCAAGUUCACCUAUGACCUCUACCUGGUGACCAAUGGCAAGCAUGGGAAGAAGAUCAAUGGGACGUGGAAUGGAAUGAUUGGGGAGGUGGUCACCAAGCGGGCCUACAUGGCGGUAGGAUCCCUCACCAUAAAUGAGGAGCGGUCAGAGGUGGUAGACUUCUCUGUGCCCUUCAUCGAGACAGGAAUUAGUGUCAUGGUAUCACGUAGCAACGGGACUGUCUCACCUUCUGCCUUCCUAGAACCAUUCAGUGCUGACGUAUGGGUGAUGAUGUUUGUCAUGCUGCUCAUAAUCUCUGCAGUGGCUGUCUUCGUCUUUGAGUACUUCAGCCCUGUAGGUUACAAUCGGUGCCUUGCUGAUGGCAGAGAGCCAGGUGGACCCUCUUUCACCAUUGGCAAAGCUAUCUGGUUGCUGUGGGGUCUGGUGUUUAACAACUCCGUGCCAGUGCAGAAUCCCAAAGGUACCACUAGCAAGAUCAUGGUGUCUGUGUGGGCCUUCUUUGCUGUCAUCUUCCUGGCCAGUUAUACUGCCAACCUGGCCGCCUUCAUGAUCCAAGAGGAGUACGUGGACCAAGUGUCUGGACUGAGCGACAAAAAGUUCCAGAAACCUAACGACUUCUCACCCCCUUUCCGAUUUGGGACGGUUCCCAAUGGCAGCACAGAGAGGAACAUUCGCAACAACUACCCUGAAAUGCAUAGCUACAUGGUGAAGUUCAACCAGAGGGGGGUGGACGAUGCCCUAUUCUCGCUGAAGACUGGGAAAUUGGAUGCAUUCAUUUAUGAUGCAGCAGUGCUAAACUACAUGGCUGGCAGAGACGAAGGCUGCAAGCUGGUAACGAUUGGUAGUGGGAAGGUUUUUGCCUCCACUGGCUAUGGCAUUGCCAUCCAAAAGGACUCGGGCUGGAAGCGUCAGGUAGAUCUUGCCAUUCUACAACUUUUUGGUGAUGGGGAGAUGGAAGAGCUGGAAGCUCUCUGGCUUACUGGAAUUUGUCACAAUGAAAAGAAUGAGGUAAUGAGCAGCCAGCUGGACAUAGAUAACAUGGCAGGCGUCUUCUAUAUGCUGGGGGCAGCCAUGGCCCUCAGCCUUAUCACCUUCAUCUGUGAGCAUCUCUUCUACUGGCAAUUCCGCCACUGCUUCAUAGGCGUCUGCUCUGGCAAGCCUGGCAUGGUCUUCUCCAUCAGCAGGGGUAUCUACAGCUGCAUCCAUGGGGUAGCCAUUGAGGAGCACCAGUCAGCGAUGAACUCCCCCACAGCCACCAUGAACAACACCCAUUCCAACAUCUUGCGCCUGCUUCGCACAGCGAAGAACAUGGCCAACCUGUCAGGUGUCAAUGGCUCACCGCAGAGUGCCCUGGACUUCAUCCGCCGCGAAUCCUCAGUCUAUGAUAUCUCUGAGCACCGCCGCAGCUUCACCCACUCUGACUGCAAGUCUUAUAACAACCCGCCCUGUGAGGAGAACCUCUUCAGUGACUACAUUAGCGAAGUAGAACGGACCUUUGGCAACCUGCAACUGAAGGACAGCAACGUGUAUCAGGACCACUACCACCAUCACCAUCGGCCCCACAGCAUUGGCAGUACCAGCUCCAUCGAUGGACUGUAUGACUGUGACAACCCACCCUUCUCCGCUCAGCCCAGGUCCAUUGGUAAGAAGCCACUGGACAUUGGUUUGCCACCUUCCAAGCAUAGUCAGCUAGGUGACCUCUAUGGCAAGUUCUCCUUCAAGAAUGAUCGCUACAGUGGCGGAGGGGGCCAUGACGACUUGAUCCGCUCAGAUGUCUCUGACAUUUCCACCCAUACGGUGACCUAUGGCAACAUCGAAGGCAACGCCGCCAAGCGGCGGAAACAGCAGUAUAAGGACAGCCUGAAGAAACGUCCAGCUUCAGCCAAAUCACGGCGGGAGUUUGAUGAGAUUGAGCUGGCCUACCGCAGGCGCCCGCCCCGCUCCCCAGACCACAAGCGCUAUUUUAGGGACAAGGAAGGGCUACGCGACUUCUACCUGGACCAGUUCCGGACCAAGGAGAACUCACCACAUUGGGAGCAUGUGGACCUGACGGAUAUCUACAAAGAGCGGGGAGAUGAGUUCAAGCGCGAUGCUGUAGGGGGCGGAGGGUCCUGCACCAACAGGGCCCACCACAAGCAUGGGUCAGCGGACUUUGGAGGAGCCAAUGACCACAAGCAUGGUGUUGUGAGUGGAGUGCCAGCACCAUGGGAGAAGAACCUGACCAAUCUAGACUGGGAAGACCGGCCAGGGGCUAAUUUCUGCCGUAGUUGCCCCUCUAAAUUGCACAACUAUACCCCGGCAGUGGUGGGGCAAAACUCUACCCGCCAGCCCUGCAUCCGGUGUGAGGCCUGCAAGAAGGCAGGCAACCUCUAUGACAUCAGUGAGGACAACUCUCUCCAAGAGCUGGACCAGCCAUCUGCCCCGGUGCCAGUGACGACCAGUGCCACCUCCUCCAAGUAUCCUCAGAGCCCAUCUAACUCUGCCUCCAAGGUGCAGAAGAAGAACCGCAACAAGCUCCGCCGGCAGCACUCCUAUGACACCUUCGUGGACCUGCAGAAGGAUGAGUCAGCCCUGGCUCCCCGCAGCGUGAGCUUGAAGGACAAGGGCCGCUUUUUGGAGGGGAGCCCCUACGCCCACAUGUUUGACAUGUCAUCCAGCGAGACCGCUUUUGCCAACAACAAGUCCUCAGUGCCCGCCACCAGCCACCACCACCACAACAACCCUGGCAGCAGCGGCUACAUGCUCAGCAAGUCACUUUACCCUGACCGGGUCACACAAAACCCUUUCAUCCCCACUUUUGGGGAUGACCAAUGCUUGCUCCAUGGCAGCAAAUCCUAUUUCUUCAGGCAGCCUGUGGUGGCAGGUGGGCCCAAAGCCAGGCCGGACUUCCGAGCCAUUGUCACCACCAACAAGCCAGUGGUCUCAGCCCUUCACGGGGCUGUGCCAGCCCGUUUUCAGAAGGACAUCUGUAUAGGGAACCAGUCCAACCCCUGUGUGCCUAACAACAAAAACCCCAGGGCUUUCAACGGCUCCAGCAACGGGCAUGUUUAUGAGAAACUCUCCAGUAUUGAGUCUGAUGUCUGAGUGAGGGGAAGUGUGUGGGGAGCGGG